AUGGGCUCAGGCGUAACGACAACUGAACGUGAGCCUUCUUUCAACAACAACAUCACGGCAUUUGCACUGAAGGCAAAAGUCGUCUAUCCCAUCAAUCAGAAAUUCCGGCCUCUUGCCGAUGGUUCCUCCAACCCGUCUUUGCAUGAAAACCUAAAGCAGGCUGCUCUGCCGAACCAGGCGCUGGAGGCCUCCCCAUCCAGCAGCCUGGGAAGCCUGAGCCAGGUCGGCAAGGAUGAUGGGAGCUCCUCAUCCAGCAUCCGCUCGGCCACCAGCGACGACAGGUUCCUCAGCCGUACCUUCCUCCAGGUGCACACUUUCCCCGAGGUGCUGACCUGCGAGAGUGUAGACGUUAACUUGUGUGUCUACAACCUUCACUUAAAAGACCUGCUGCAUUUGGACUCGGCACUGAGGCAAGAAAAGCACAUGAUGUUUAUUCAGAUUUUAAAAAUGUGCCUCCCGGACCAUCUUCCGAAAAAGAAGUCUGAUGAUGAAUUCUACCAGAAGAUUCUUUCAAAACAAGAAAAUGAUGUGGAGGAAUUAGAAAAGGACCUUCAGACCAAGCUGUCCAACACAGCAAUGUUGGGUGCCGCCGACUCUCAGUACCUCACCCUGGCCGACGUGGAAAGGAAGGAGAGAGACUAUUCCGAGCAGCUGACAGAUAACAUGGAAGCUUUCUGGAAACAGAUGGAAAACAUCCCACACUUUCUGGUAGACCAGUUUAAGUGCCCUAGCUCCAGAGCCCGGCAGCUCACGCUGACUGUGACAGAAAGAAUGAUCACUGCCGAGAGGUUACUCCAGGAGUCUCAGGAUAUGCAGGCAUUGGACAUCCUGGAGAGAACCCUGGCACGGCAGUACCUGGCCAAAGUGAUCGAGUGCCUGAAGCUGCAGAUCCAAGAGGAGACCCGGUGCCGGCUGGCUGCCCUCUCCCGCAGCCUGGAGCUGCUGACAGUGGAAGGGAAGCUGUCUGGGCAGCAGAGGGAGGAACUACUGACUCAGCAGCACAAAGCCUUCUGGGAGGAGGCUGAGAACUUCAGCCGGGAGUUUGUCCGGCAGGGCAAAGACAUCGUGAGGACAUCACUGGCCCACCAGGCGGAGGCAAUGGGCAGGCUCGAGCUGGACCAUGAUGAGGAGCGGAGAAGCUUCCUGACUGUUGCUCAGCCAGCCUCUGACCCAGAGGGCUUCCUCAAGGCAUUUCACGGGGUCCUGGAGAGACAGAGGCUGACACGGAGCCACCUGGAGGAAGAGGAAGAUGUCAGAACUACCGAGGCCAUGGCUGUGCUCUGCCAGGAGCUAUACCACAGCACCGUGAGAACCUUCCAGAAGCUUGUGGACGUCCUGUUCCUCCAGACGCUCUCAGGAGUGACCGGCCUCUCCCAGGUGGAGUGUGAAUACUUGAGACAGGAGGUCCAGGAGAACGCCGCCUGGCAGCUGGGGAAGUCAGAUCGUUUCCGGAAACAGCAGUGGAAACUCUUCCAGGAUGGCCAGGAACAAGAAAAGCAACUCUGGAUGGAGGAACAGGAAUUGUCCACUGUGCUGCAGACACACCUGCAGGAGGACCACGAGAGCAUCAUCCAUGGGGUCCUGGGCCGACUCAGCAGCUUCAAUGAAGAGUCCACGCGGUGCGUCCUGCAGGGCCAUGACCUGCUCCUGCGCUCGGCACUUCGCAGGCUCGCGCUCCGCAGCAGUGCCGUCACCGCCCUGGCCCAGAUGAGACUGUCCGGGAAGAAGCGGCUUCUCCUGGAGCUGCGGGAGCAGCAUGCGCUGGAACAGGGCUCCUCCCAGUGCCUGGACGAACAUCAGUGGCAGCUGCUGAGAGCCCUGGAGGCGCGUGUCCUGGAGGAGGCGAGCAGGCUGGAGGACGAGGCCCAGCAGACGCGGCUGCGGCUGCACCAGCAGCUCCUGGCCGAGGCCCAGGAAGCCGGGCGGCUCCUGCAACAGCACAUGGAGCGUGCCAUCGGGUGGGCGCUCCUGGGGCAUGCACGGAACGCGGCCACCAAGAGGCGGGCCGAGGACAGAGAAGACUUCAAGACAUUGCUGAUGGAGGCCGCCGUGGAGAGCGUCUACGUGACCAGUGGUAGUGUCAGUCGGCUGGUGCAGGCAUACUACCAGCAGAUUGGGAAGGUGAUGCAAAACCAUAAGGAGAAGAGACUGCAACAGCUGAAGGCCCUGCAGGGUGAGAGAUUGGAGAAACUCAAGCUGUGGAAAAAGCAAGAACUCAGUGACCAGGCGCCGGAGGCCAAGACAGCUGAUGGAGCCCAUGAUGCCCCCCAAGCCAUCCACCAGAGGAUGUUGUCACAGCAGAAAAGGUUCCUGGCCCAGUUUGCCAUGCAUCAGCGGCUGCGCCUGGACGCAGGGAAGCAGCGGGCCAGAGUCAUGGACCUUCUGGAAGGCCAGCUAUUGACCCAGCUCCAGGAGGCCGAGCAGAGCUUCGUGGCGGAGCUGGCGGCGCUGGCCCGCGUGCCCCUGGCCGAGAGCAAGGCCACCACCAGUAAGCGAGGGCUGCCGGAGAAGCCCCUACGGACCAGAAGGAAGAAACCCCCUCCCCGGGAGAGAGGGGAGCCAGGGGCACCCCAUGAUGAAGACCCUGCCUCCGGGAGCCACGUGGCAGGACCGCUCAGCAGCAGAAGACUGAGUCAGCAAGAAAGUGACGCUGGUGAUGCCGUGAGCACAAAGAAGAUGCUGAAAAAAAGAAGCAAUUUGGAAUUCAAGGCCGCUGGGCGGUAA